AUGAAAAAAUCCUACUAACAAUAACAAAGUCACAUCUAUGAACUCAUCAUGAGCUUGUUUGUUGAUUUGCGCCAAAUCAAAACAUCCGUAUCGAAUCUCUCGGAGAUGGUGGAUAAAAUAUCUACCUCGGUCGGCAAGGAAAAACACAAGGACGCUCGCCCACUACACGAUGAUUCCGUGCUGUACGACGAACGCCCGCCCUACAAGCCUACGUUGGGAUUCGGGGUUCGUUUUUCUCAGAGUCAAGAGGAUGUUUAUAAAAAUAUGCCUUCAUCGCGCCUACGGAGUCAUAUGUCACUUCCAAAUUUGGGUAAAACAAGUGGAGUUUUCGAUAAAACUAACAUGGCUCAUGAGAGUGGCCCUAAAAUACUCGAAUUAGAUGAUAAAGACAUAGAAAAUUCCGCUAAAGCCACCAUACAAUCCUUGUCUGAUAAUAUUAGCGAUUGGAUUAUGACCUCUACCUAUAAGAGACCGCAUUUUGAUGAUAAUGGAGACACCCAUCCUAUGGACUUUGUAGAGUAUGUAAAGUAUUUCAUAUCUGAGCUGAACAUGCCUGAAGAAAAACAACUCGCUUUUAUUAUAUCAUGCUUCGAUGGUGUGCCUCUUAUGUGGGCUCGCUGUUUCAAAAGUGAAUUCACAGACAUAGACAACUUCUUCAAGGCAUUUGAAGAAGAAUUUUGGGGGGCUGACAGGCAAAAGGCUGCCCUGUAUGAUAUGAAGUUGGGCAAGUAUGACGAGACUAAUCAACAUAUGCCUAUGUCGGAAUAUUUUUUGCAGAAAGUUUCUAGUUAUAGACACCUAAAUCCACCGCCAUCCGAUCUGGAGAUCGUUUACUCAUUGGCAGCUCACUUUCCGUCAGCCGUUGAGCUGGAGUUGAGACUGUCCCCGAAGCCGACGCUACGUGAAGCUUACAGGAUGCUGAGACGCAGAGAAGGCCAAGCGUCAGACUUCCUUCCGAAUUAUUUGUACGAAAUGUGCGAGGCAUUCCAACGCGGCCAGAGACCGGAGUCGGCGCGUCGCCACGACGCCGGGCUUGGGGCAAGCUCGACAGAAAAACAUUCCUAG